CGAGAAAGAGGCCGCGGUAGGGGUGGGGAAAAGGCGGGAGCUGUGGGAGCAGGACAGGGGGCGGAGUAAGAUGGCGCGGGAACGCGAGAUGCAGGACUUCAUCCGGAGCCUCUUCCGGGGUCGCCCCGACCUGAGCGUGCUGACCCACUCCAUCGUGAGGCAGAAGUACCUGGCCCAUGUGGGCCUGGACCACCUGGAGCCCGAGGACAAGAAGAAGCUGAAGAGGCUGGUGGAAGAGGAGCUGCUGAAAAUGCAGGUGGAGGGGGAGGAAGAGGAGGAGGAGAAGGAGGAAGAGGAAGAGGAGGAGGAAGAGGAGGAGCUGCUGUCUGGGGACCAGGACCGAGGCAAGCGACCCCUCAGCCCAAACAGCUCCUCCAGAACAUCUCAGGUGAAGAAGAGGAAGAAACCGUGCAUCAACUCAGAGACAGAACACAGCUCAGAUGACUCAGGCCUUGAUCCCCAGCCCAUGAGACCUCUGAGCUGCCCAAGGUCCCUGGCAGGGAAUGGUAUAACAAGGCAGGAUUGCUGCUCAGUUGAGGAGGGGAUGAUGGAGGCUGAGAAGGUUCUAAGGCCUGCCAGGAAAAUGACAGCUAAGGAGAAUGAGGACUCUGAAGAAGAGGAGGAGGAAGAAGAGGAGUUUAGGGCCUUUGUAAGAAAGAAGGGAGUAAAGGAAGUAUUGGAGGAAGAGAGUGAAAGCAGAAGUGAGGAAGAAACAUGUCACAAACAGAAGGGUAGGGUUGGAAAGAAGGAAGCAACAAAGCUAGGUAAGGAGGAGCCGAAAGUAAAUCCUAGCGUGAAGGCAGUAAGGAAAGUGGCACAGGUGUCUGAGAGUGAUCAGACUGACAGUGAGGGGGGGAACAGACUUAUACCUCAGAAGAAGGGACCAAAAAACUCAGAGGAAAUGAAGGAUUAUUCUUCCAGGAAAAGGGUGGUGGGAAAGCUAAUGAAAGAGGAAAGCAGCGAAGAUGAGGAGAAAAAAGACCUGCUGAGGAAGAGGGAAACAAAACAAAUCACUGAAGAGACCAUUAGACUCAAAGGAAGUUCUGGGAAGAAGGGAAUGAGAAAACUGGCAAAAGACAAUAGCAUGAGUAGUGAUGAGGAGAAAGAGGAAAGCAAUAGUUAUUGCAGAGACCAGAAAUCAAGGGGAAGGAAUCGAGGAGGGAGGCGAACAAAAACAACAAGGAACUGGGGGCCCCCAAGGGGAGGGAAGAGGUCAGAAAAACAGAGUGAGAGCAGUGGGGAAGAAGAGAGUGACAAUAAGGGAAAGGAAGAUUCUGGUAAGACUGGGGAGGAAGAGAGUGAGAAUAGCAGUGAGGCAGAGAAGGAAAUGGAAAAAGUUCCCAGUGAGGACAGUGAGGAGGAAAGUAGAACAGAUGAUAGUAACAAGAGUAGCUCAAGGAAGAAGGGAACUAAAAACACUGAGGAUGAAUCUGAAGCAAGUGAAGAGGAGGAAGAGAAGACUGGAAGGAUCAAAAAGAAGGCCAAAAACACUGAGGAUGAAUCUGAAGCAAGUGAAGAAGAGAGGACAGGAAGGACCAAGAAGAAGGAGGCCAAAAGGGGCCGUGUACGACCCUCUUCUACUUCCUCACAGGAUAGUAGCCCAGAACCCAAAUCAGGGAAGGGCUCUCGAAAAGGAGAAGACCACCCUGCCGUUGUUCGGCUAAAGCGCUACAUCCGAGCCUGUGGUGCUCAUAGAAAUUACAAGAGGCUGCUGGGUUCCUGCCGCUCUCAUCAGGAACGACUCAGAGUUCUCAAGGCAGAACUGCAAGAUUUGGGCUUAGAGGGUAACCCUUCCCUGGAGAAGUGUCGUGCAGUAAAGGAGCGAAGAGAGGAAGCAGCAGAGAUGGCCUCUUUGGAUGUCAGUAACAUCAUCAGUAGUUCAGGGCGAUCUCGGAGACGCAAUGCCUGGAACCCACGUGGGGAAGUUGGUUUACCGCAGGAGGAGCUCUACCACCGAAGAGCCCUGGAUUCAGAUGGGGAUGAGCCAAGAGCCCACCCACCACCUACUGAUUGGUCAAACCUUCGAGGCAUCAUCAGCAGUGAUGGGGAGAGUGACUGAGCUACCCCACAGCUUCUAGAAGCCACAGUGCCUCUUGAGCAUUGAGGAAGGAAUCUGGUCCUGCCUUUUUGUAUAGUGUAUAGAGCACUGCCUAUUGGUCCAAGUAUUUAUAAAUAUAUUUCCUUUCCCAUUUCCAGUUUUGUCUUGUCCGUGGUAGGUGAAUCUUUUUCUUACCUUUAAGGGAGAUUGCUACAGCAGCAGUGGCUUUCAUCCCUACAGGGGUGAAAUUGCCCGAGUUUGGGCAUUUAGGUUCAUGUUCUCAUGUUUUUGACUGAAAUACUGGUAUUUGUGUGGGCUUUAAAAGUCUCAAUAAAUGAAUAUUUGUUA